AUGUCCUCUCCGACAGAACUCAAACUUCCUACCACCCUACCCUACCCCAUCAAGCUCCUCUCCCUCGCCGCACACCCCAACACCCAAGUACAGCGCGGCACACGCCUCCUCGACUACUCCUUCGCGUACGUCAACCCCGACGGACGCACAGAAUCCAGAUUCGGCACAUGGGACUCGCCCCUCGACGGCACCCUCACCCGCUGGGCAUUCAAGAAGGGCGAAGUCAUCCAGCGAUCCCGCGCGGACGCAUCCCCGGCCGUGUACAUCCUCGAACCGUGCAAACAUGGCAUCGUCUUCGGCGGACUCUGCGGCAUCUGUGGGAAGGACCUCACAAGGUGCGUAUUGCCACCUUCCCGCAUUCUCUCGUUCCAUGCGCUCACGCUUCCGCUCCUCCGCAGGUCUGAUUACCUCGGGAGCCAGAUCGACCAGGGCGGGGCGACGAUCCCCAUGACCCACGACCGCGACGGCCCCACCGUCUCCCUCGAGGAGGCACAGCGCAUCGAACGCGACACCGCACAGCACCUCUACCGCUCCCGCAAGCUCUCGCUUAUCGUCGAUCUCGAUCAGACCAUCGUCCACGCCACCGUCGACCCCACGGUCGGCGAGUGGAUCGCCGAGGGCGAGGCCUGGGAAGCGCGCCAGACGAAGAAGGCCGAGGUGGCGGCGACGGCAGAGAAGGAGGAGGGCGAGAAGGAGGACGACGCAGACGCGGACGAAGACGAGGUAAAUCCGAAUUGGGAGGCACUGAAGGACGUCAAGAAGUUCAGGCUGGGUCCGGAGGCGCUUGGGCAGCCGCAUCAGCGAGGGUCGAAGGGGAAGGGGAAGGAGAAGACGAUCGAGCAGGAUGGCUGCAUGUACUAUAUCAAACCACGGCCCGGACUGCUGGACUUCUUGCAGACGAUGGCGACCAAGUAUGAGAUGCACGUUUAUACGAUGGGCACGCGUGCUUACGCAGAGGAAGUCUGCGCGGCCAUCGAUCCCGGCGGCAAGAUCUUCGGUAACCGCAUCCUGUCCCGGGACGAGAGCGGCAGUCUGACGCAGAAAAGCCUGCAGCGGCUGUUCCCCUGCGACCAAUCGAUGGUCGUGAUCAUCGACGACCGCGCCGACGUCUGGGAGUGGUCCCCGAACCUUGUCAAGGUUAUCCCUUACGACUUCUUCGUCGGCAUCGGUGACAUUAACUCCGCCUUCCUCCCCAAACUCGAGCCCCUCGCACCCGCCGUGCCCCCUCCGCCCCCACCCACCACAGCAGCCGUCGACGCGGACAGCGGUGACGACGAAGGUGACGUGACGUUGGUCGUCCCUAACGACGACGACGACGAAGACGAUAACGAUAACGACGCCGAAGACACGGACGCGGAGGACGACGUGCUAGAGGCGUCCGACCGGCCGUCCUCGCCGCCGGCCGACGACGAGCUGUCCGAGGCGCAGAAGGACGAGAUGCUGUCGGCGAACACGCUCGCGCUGGAGGCGCAGGUGGAGGAGCGGCCGCUAGCGAAGAAGCAGGAGGCGCUGCUGGAGACAGCGAACGGGGAGGCGGAGGCGGAGUCGUCUGGCGCGAGCGUGGGCGGUGCUGACAGGCAAAACGGGCACGCACCUGCGGUGGCGGCAGCAGCGGGGCAGCAGGAGAGGAAGGAGAGGCCGGUGCGCAAGGCGCUGCUGAAGAACGACGACAAGGAGUUGGACCGGGUGCAGCAGAUUCUGGAGCUCGUCCACGAGCGGUUCUACGCCGCGUACGAGGCGCGGAGGCGUGAGGAGGGCGCGCAGUCUCCGAGGAAGAAGGCGGGGAGGCGGCACGAAGCGCCUGUGGAACAUGACGUUCGGACGAUCAUUCCGCGAAUACGGAUGGACACGCUGGCGGGGGUGCACAUACUGUUCACGGGGGUGAUACCGCUCAACCAGCGACCAGAAACGGCGGAGAUCUGGAAGACGGCGACGGCGUUCGGCGCACAGUGCCACACGGACCUCGGGAAGCACAUCACGCACGUCGUGACGAACAAGGACAACACGCAGAAGGUGGACGCGGCGCGGCGCUACGCGGACGUGCGGAUCGUGUGGCUGAACUGGCUGACGGACUCGCUCGCGCUGUGGCAGAGGCAGGACGAGACGCCAUACCUGCUCCACCCGGCGCCGCAGGGGGAAGAGGAGGGGGGCAGGGCAGCGGCGGUUGGGAGUCCUCCCUCGGAUGCUCACCAGAUUAGUUCUGACCCGGACCCCGACGCAGAUGACUGGGACGAGCUGCUCGUCGUCGACUCUUCUGGCGCCGGGGAGGGAAGCGGGAGCAGGGUGCUCGGCGCGCUCGGGGUCGAGGGACCGGAACCCGCUGCCAAGCCGCGGAUCGCGCUGGACGAGGUGGACUGGGCGGCGAUCAACGACGAGGUCGAGGAGGCCAUGAACGAGAGCGACGACGAGGAGGGGGGCAGCGUGAAGAGUGUCGACGACGAGGGGUCGUGGACGGACGAGACGAACAGCAUUAUCAGGUGCGUUGGUAGCACGACGUCGUCGCCCCGGAUGAAGCGGAAACGCGUCCGGAGCCUGACGCCCUCGGAGAUCGGCUCGCUGAACGGCGCGGACUCGGACGUUUUGCGGUCCCCGCUCGCGAAGCGCAAGAAGCUCGCCGCGGACCGGUCGGGCGCGUCGCGGCUCAAGGAGGCGUUCACGGCGGAGCAGCUGCGCGGGGUCGCGUCGCGCAGGACGAGCGAGAACGGGAGCAGCAAGGGCAGCCGGCGGUCGUCGCCGAUGAACGCCAUUGGGGAAGACGACGAGGAUGACACGGACGAGGACGAUGACGAGGACGGGACGAGCGACGGGAACAUGAUCGACGACGACUUCUUAGCACGCGAGCUUGAGGAGGAGUGGGGAUAG